UCUCUCUCUCUCUCUCUCUGUAUAAAAGAGACAAUCAAAACGAGAUUGCUAAAGAAGAGGAGUUAAGGAAGCAGAUAGAAUGAGAAUACAGGAAAGAGGCCAAAAAAGCUAGACCUGGAUUGGAUCUAUAAAGAAAGACAGAUUGCUGAUUUGGAGCUUGGAGAAUAACGACAUUGGAUGGUUGAUAUGGAUGCUUCAUCAACGUCGCUGACCCAAAACUCUUCUCCAAUUCCUCCUUCACCUUCUUAUUCUUCUUCCUCCAUCAUUACUAAUUACCCUCUCAUUUCUGCUAUCGUUGCAUUUAUUAUCGCGCAAGCCUGCAAGUUCUUACUUAUCUGGUACACAGAAAGACGAUGGGAUGCUAAACAACUCGUAGGCUCUGGUGGGAUGCCAUCUUCACAUUCUUCUACGGUCACUGCUCUUGCUAUAGCUAUUGGGAUCCAAGAUGGCUUUGGAGGACCAUUGUUUGCAACCGCAAUGAUCUUAGCAUGUGUUGUGAUGUGUGAUGCAUCUGGUGUUAGGUUGCAUGCUGGACGCCAAGCUGAGGUGCUCAAUCAAAUUGUAUAUGAACUUCCAGCUGAACAUCCAUUAGCUGACACCAGACCAUUGCGUGAACUUCUUGGUCAUACCCCUCCUCAGGUUAUUGCUGGUUCAUUUGUGGGAUGUGUCAUAGCAGUUAUUGGGAACUUUAUCAGGAAAGCCACUGCUCAAACUUGAUAUGGAUAUCAUGCAGAAGAACUUUGAUCACCCUUCGCUAUACAGGAUAGGAAAGCUACUGGCUGACUUUUGCAUAGAUGGUUUACUGAAUCUGAAUCAAAUCCAUAUUAUCUAUAGUACUGUCAGAAGUACAGAGUCCUGUUGUGGUCCAUUCUUCCCAGUUGUACAUUAUGUGAAAAUUUGCAUUUAAUUGGUUGUACUGAUUGUUGGAAUGAAA